GCUCCCUCCGCCCCGCCCGUCCCCACUCUCCCAGUAGCCCCGCUCUCGCCAGCAACUCGCGCUGACCGGAGUCCGCUUGUGUGUCCAGAGCGCCGCGGUGACACCAUGUUGGGCAUGAUCAAGAACUCGCUGUUCGGGAGCGUGGAGACAUGGCCUUGGCAGGUCCUGAGCAAAGGGGACAAGCAAGAUAUCUCCUAUGAGGAACGGGCCUGUGAAGGCGGGAAGUUUGCCACAGUGGAAAUGACAGAUAAGCCUGUGGACGAGGCUCUACGGGAAGCAAUGCCCAAAGUGAUGAAAUAUGUGGGAGGUUCCAAUGACAAAGGAAUUGGGAUGGGAAUGACCGUUCCUAUUUCCUUUGCCGUGUUCCCCAGCGACGGUGGCUCCCUACAGAAGAAAUUAAAAGUCUGGUUCCGGAUUCCAAAUGAAUUUCAAAGCAACCCACCAGUUCCCAGCGAUGACAGCAUUAAGAUCGAGGAGAGGGAAAGCAUCACCGUCUAUUCCUUGCAGUUUGGUGGUUACGCCAAGGAAGCUGACUAUGUGGCUCGUGCCGCCCAGCUGCGCACUGCCCUGGAGGGCAUAGCCACCUGCCGGAGUGACGUCUACUUCUGCACUGGCUAUGACCCUCCCAUGAAGCCCUAUGGACGUCGUAACGAGGUCUGGCUGGUAAAGGCAUGAGUGAUUGAGCCAGUGCAUCCGGGGUGGGGGAGGUGCCAGCUUCUGUGCCCACUUCCUCCAGGCCAAGCAGAAACCCCUGGGCAGCCCCAGUAACCAGCUCUCCUUCAUGACCAAUCGGUCACUGCCAAUGUUCUGAGAUAAGCACAUUCUAGCUCCUGAGGCUCUUUUUCUCAUGGUGGGAAAUAAUACACCCACGAUUGAUAUAUGUCUUUCUAAAGGACUGAGAAAGUUCUGUAGUUGACCAGAAAAACCCAGCGGCAUUUUUCCAGCUCUCUAGAUCCCUAAAAACUGAUUUUUUUAAAUGAUCAAAACUGUAUUUUUGUUAUGGAAGGAGAAAUAUGAUUUAUGUGUGAUCUUUCAUCUGUGAUUCUUAUAAUAGCUUUCCUUAAAAAGAAACUGAAAAUAAAGAUCUUUGACUUAAACAACUGA